AUUUCUUUCUUAAUUCAAACAGAAAAAAUAGGGAAAGAAAGUUAACCAAAUAAAUUCCUCAUAAUAAAGAAAUUCUAUAUAUUUCAUCAUAAUUGUUUUCAACAAAAUUCAACCAAAUAAAUUCAUUUUAGUAUUUUCAAGAAAAAACCUCUGUUUCAUCAUCAAGCAAGCAAGUUUGUGAUCAAAUUCUAUUCUUAUUCCAAAGAUGAUGUCCAAUUACCAAUCUACACCUCGAAGCAAUCGGCCUAAGGGAUUUCUGGCAAAACACGUGCUUCAGUUUGCAUUAUUUGCGGCCUUCAGCCUUUGGUUAUUGUACCAGAUCAGUCAACCAAAUGGCAGCAGUAGGCCGGUGAGGCAAGUCAGCAGUGAGGGAAUUUCCAACAUUUUGGGGCGGAAGGGGAGUGCUGGAUUGUUAGAGUCAAAGUCAACCCCCAUUGCUUACCCCGGUAUGACUUUAGAAGAUGUAACAAACCCCGGUGAAGAGGGUGAGAUUCCACGGUACUCCAAAGAAGUCGAGGAAGUGGAGUUAAAGGAGGAAAAUGUCAAUAAUACCCUUUCACUUCGACAAUAUGGUCAAAUGAAUAUGAAUGAAGAUGGAUCUUUGGCCAUAAAAAAGUCAAACAUUAGCUUUUCUGAUGAAAAUGGCAUUCCACAAGACAUUCGUGACAAGUUUAUUGGGAUAGAGUCAAGUAAGCCGGCUAAUGGAACCCGAGUCAAAGUUCAGAGGUUCAUUACUACACGAGCUGGUAAUGGAAACAACAGAACAGUUGAAAAAUCUUGAGUACUCAUAGGUUCACUCAAUUUGUACAGAUAAAGCAAGCAGACAUCGAUCUUACUGGUAUUCGUUUAGCUCAUGAAGUCAUGAUAUAUAUAGAAGGUUAUUAAUAUGAA